UGUCUCCAUCUCUGUCCUUCGAACUCUCUCUUCUUCUUCGUCAUCAUCAUCGUCACCACCAUCAUCGCUGCUUUCAGGUCCGAAGAAGACCCGCGACGACGAGGUCAACGGCCCACCCCUGAAUUCGCACGAUCGUGGAUCAAUGGCGGAAAUCGAUCCACCGACGCAGCAGCAGCAGCAGCAGCAGCAGGAGACGGUGGGGGCAGCUCCUCCUCCGCCGCCGCCGCCGACGACGACGACGCAGCGCCGCCCGCGGGUGCGGGAGGUCCGCUCGAGGUUCAUGUCUCCGGUGGUCUCUUCCUCCUCGCCUUCCCCUGGCGAUCUCCACCUCCCUGGCUCCAGGUCGCCGGUCGUGAGGCACGCGGCCGACCCUCGGCAGCCGCAGCAGCAGCAGCAGCGGUCGGUGUCUGCGCAUCGGCGGCGGCGACUGGACCUGGAGCCUUCGUCUCAGGCCGAUGAAAGUAGUAGGGCGGAACUUAGUAGGAGCUUGGACACGCCGUUGCUCGGAGCCGGACCGCAGGGUAAAGGGUCCAAAGUUCCGAGCCGAGCUUCGAGGUCCGACACUCCAAUCGUGAGCACUGGCAUGGAUAGGAUAGUGUCGUCGAGAUUUAGACAGACGCCGCGGAAUCUCCCGCGAGCGGUCAGUGCUGGAGCUUCGGCAGCUGCAAAAUUGUUGCAUUCGAGUGGGAUGUCACUUACCGGCGGUCAUGCUUCUGGUUCGAAAGCGGCGGUUGACGAGAAUUCAAACGCCGAAGCCAGUUCAGUUGGCAAUUGUCACGGUGAGAACUCCACGCAAUUACUGCGGUCUUCAAUGCCCGACGCAGAUAUGUUGCCCUCAGUGUCCAACCGGUUGUUGGCAGAGAGAAAUGUGAAUAGGAUGGGUAAUCUUGGUGGUUCCGAUUCUUCGAAGAUCCCUGCUACCCCACUCUCGCGUUCGCUUAGCACGCCUUUAUCGAGCUGCGACAUGUUAAAUUCCGUCAGAGGCAGCGAAAAAUUAGCAUAUGGGUCCUCGAAGCAGCAUAUGAUGCUGAUGAACGGUGGAAAAGUUUGUUUACCUCCGGUUGCGCCGUGCCCAAAGACGGUGAUGGAUGCAAAGAAGGGAAGGAAAGUUUCUAGCCAUCAAGAAGACGUGCAUUCUCUAAAAUUGCUCCACAACCAUUAUCUCCAGUGGAGGUUUGCCAAUGCAAAGGCAGAGGCCACUAUGCAGGCUCAGAAAAGGGAAGCCGAGAAAAUGCUGUUUUCCCUCAAUGUCAAGCUAGGUGAUUUGUACAAUUCUGUGAUGACGAAACGUGCAGAACUUGGUAUAGUGCAAAGAGCAAAAGCAGUAUCGGCAGUUCUCGAAUCUCAAAUGCCAUAUCUCGACGAGUGGUCUGCUUGUGAGGGUGAUUAUUUAGCAUCUUUGUCUGAAGUGACCCAAGCUUUGUUAAAUGCCUCCAUUCAACUACCAAUCAGUGGGAAUGUUAAGGCUGAUGUUAGAGAGGUAGGGGAGGCUCUGAGUUCAUCCAAGAAAUUCAUGGACACCAUUGCUUCCCAUGUCGAAAGCUUUAUGCCCAAGGCUGAACAAUUGGAAGCUUUCAUUUCUGAACUAGCCAGAGUGGUCAGUAGAGAAAGAGUUGUCAUUGAAGAAAGUGGUGAUUUGUUGUCCAAGAGAUACCUAUCCCAGGUGGAGGAGUGUAGCUUGAGAGGCCACAUUAUUCAACUUCACCGAUACCGUCAGUCAAUGUCAUGACGGAUAUGGCUUAACAACAGCAUCUGAUACAUUGGCUGCACUGGGAUCUAUGUGCCGUGAUGAUUGCUUGCGUUUUCGACUGGUGGUGGAAGUCGCGUGGUAGAGUAAACACUCAAUAUAGUGGGACACAUUCAGUUUCCUCUGCAGAAAAAGCCAGGGAAAAGAUGCAAGUUCACCUUGAUUCUUUCAUUAUUUCUGCAGGCAUUGUAUAUACUUCGGCAAAAUAAUGCUGAUUUUUGGCUGUAUCCUUUGUAAUGAGUUUUAUAUCUUAUAAUCAUAAUUCAUUCUCUAA